GCUCCCUAGCGGGUAGGGGGAGAAAUCGCGUGUCCGCUACCCAAUGACAGUGCAGGAUGCUGAGACCGGUGUGAAUGGAGGCUGGAAGACGCCAAUGUCUCUGGAUGGUGAUGGAGAGGAACUAAUGGUAGAAAAAGAUCUGUCGAUGUCGAGGUCCUUCAUCCACACAGGCAUGCAGUGAGCCGCCCAUGUGUGUUACAGAGUGAGGGUGCACUGUGAUCAUCGCAGCGUGCCCCUGGUAAGGACCCCGUGGCAAGCGUCCGGCCGGCCCAGGCCACACCUCCCACACCCAGGACAUGUACGGCAGCGCCAGAGCGGUCGGCCACAUCGAGAGCAGCCCUGCACGGUCCCCGCGCCUGCCUAGGUCCCCCAGGCUGGGCCACCGGAGGGCCAACAGUGGGGGCGGGGGCGGUGGAGGGGGUAAGACGCUCUCCAUGGAGAACAUCCAGUCACUGAACGCUGCCUACGCCACGUCCGGGCCCAUGUACCUAAGCGACCACGAGGGAGUGGGCUCAACCGCCACCUACCCUAAGGGCACCAUGACGCUGGGGCGAGCCUCCAACCGGGCCAUGUACGGGGGCCGCGUCACGGCCAUGGGCAGCAGCCCCAACAUCGCCUCGGUGGGGCUGGGCCACCACGCUGACCUGCUGUCCUACAGCGACCUGGGCUCCCUGUCCAUGCUGCAGCACCACCACCACCACCCUCAGGGGGUGCCGUCGGCCCUGUUGCGGCAGGCUGUGCGAGGCAGUGGGGGGGAACUCCUGGAGAUGCAGGCCACACUCCGGGACAUGCAGCGGGAGAACGACCUGCUGAGGAGAGAGCUGGACCUGAAGGACAGCAAGCUGGGCUCGUCCACCAACAGCAUCAAGAGCUUCUGGAGCCCCGAGCUGAAGAAGGAGAGGAUGAUACGCAAGGAGGAGGCGGCACGCACCUCCGUCCUCAAGGAGCAGAUGAGGGUGACUCACGAGGAGAACCAGCUGCUGGACGCCAGGAGAACCAAGCACCUGCAGCUGACCAUCCAGGCCCUACAGGACGAGCUGCGGACCCAAAGGGACCUGAACCACCUACUGCAGCAGGAGAGCGGCGGCCGCUCUGGGGACCACUACACCAACAUCGAGCUGACCGAGGAGAACUUCAGACGGCUACAAGCCGAGCAUGACCGCCAGGCCAAGGAGCUGUUCCUCCUGAGGAAGACCUUGGAGGAGAUGGAGCUGCGGAUCGAGACCCAGAAGCAGACACUGGGGGCCAGGGACGAGUCCAUCAAGAAGCUGCUGGAAAUGCUCCAGAGUAAGGGUCUGCCUGGAGGGCCAGGCAGGGUCAACGAGGAGGAGGAGCAGGAGAGAGCCAGGCGCAUUGCUGAGGCCGAGGCUCAACUUGGACACCUGGAGGUCAUCUUGGACCAGAAGGAGAAGGAGAACAUCCACCUCCGAGAGGUGUUCUCCCAGGAACUGCACAGGAGAAACCAGAUGCACCAGGACCCUGGCAAAACCAAAGCCCUCCAGACCAUCAUAGAGAUGAAGGACACCAAGAUAGCAUCUCUGGAGCGCAACAUCAGGGACCUGGAGGAUGAGAUCCAGAUACUGAAGGCUAACGGCUUGCUGAACACCGAGGACAGAGAGGAGGAGAUCAAACAGAUGGAGGUCUACAAGAACCACUCCAAGUUCAUGAAGACCAAGAUUGACCAGCUGAAGCAGGAGCUGUCUAAGAAGGAGUCUGAGCUGCUGGCCCUGCAGACCAAGCUGGAGACCCUGAACAACCAGAACUCGGACUGCAAACAGCACAUAGAAGUGCUCAAAGAGUCCCUCACUGCCAAGGAGCAGCGCGCCGCCAUUCUGCAGACAGAGGUGGACGCCCUGCGCCUGCGUCUGGAGGAGAAGGAGUCCUUCCUGAACAAGAAGACCAAGCAGCUGCAGGACCUGACGGAGGAGAAGGGCACGCUGGCCGGAGAGAUCCGUGACAUGAAGGACAUGCUGGAGGUCAAGGAGAGGAAGAUCAACGUCCUGCAGAAGAAGAUUGAGAAUCUGCAGGAGCAGCUGCGUGAUAAGGACAAGCAGUUGGGGAACCUGAAGGACAGGGUGAAGUCCCUACAGACUGACUCCAGUAACACUGACACGGCCCUGGCCACCCUGGAGGAGGCACUCUCUGAAAAGGAGCGUAUUAUAGAGAGACUGAAGGAGCAGAGAGCGAGGGAGGACAACGAGAGGAUGGAUGAAGUGGAGUCUUAUAAGAAGGAGAACAAGGACCUCAAGGAGAAGGUCAACACCCUGCAGCUGGAAUUAACAGAGAAGGAGUCCAGUCUCAUUGACUUAAAGGAGCACGCCACAUCCCUGGCCUCCUCCAGCCUGAAGAAGGAGUCCAAGCUCAAGUCUCUGGAGAUGGCCAUCGAGCAGAAGAAAGAGGAGUGUAGUAAGUUGGAGACACAGUUACAGAAGCAAGCAGAGCAGCUGUUCAGUCAGAUGAACAACCCUAAGGCCCACGAGGUCCACGAGGUCCAACAGCAGCAGCAGAUGGCGGGGCUGGGUUCCAGGGGGAACCCAGACUACAUGGAGCGGGAGCGGGAACAGCGGGUAAAGCUCCUGGAGAAGGAAGUGUCCUACUACAAGGAGGAGUCUGGCAAGGCCCAGGCGGAGGUGGAGCGGCUACUAACCAUCCUCCGAGAGGUAGAGAGCGAGAAGAACGACAAGGACAAGAAGAUCGCCGAGCUGGAGAGCCUAGCACCCAGGCAGGCCAAGGAGCAAGUUACUAAGAAGGGGGGUCCCAACCUCAAACUAGGCCCCCAAGGGGACAAGAAGCCUGGUCAGAUAGUGGGGGAUCCUCGAAAGGACAACACCAUGGACUCAGGACAGCAUGUAAAGCUGGAGGAGAUGAUGAACACCUUGGAGAGGACCAGACAGGAGCUGGACGCCACCAAGCAGCGCCUCUCGUCUACCCAGCAGUCCCUGCAGGAGAGAGACGGUCACCUGACAAACAUGAGGCAGGAGCGCAGGAAACAGUUGGAGGAGAUCCUGGAAAUGAAGCAACAGGCCCUGUUGGCAGCUAUCAGUGAGAAGGACGCUAACAUCGCUCUGCUAGAGCUCUCUGCCUCUGGGAAGAAGAAGACCCAGGAAGAGGUUUUGGCUCUGAAGAGGGAGAAGGACAGACUGAUGCACCAACUCAAACAGCAGACACAGAGCAGGAUGAAGCUGAUUGCUGACAACUAUGAAGACGACCACUACCACCCCCAUCCUCCUCACCACAUCCAAUCCCAGCAACCCCACCCGGGCCCCCAGGCUCAGCUCCCCCAGCCACAGUAUCAGCACCCUCCUAACCCCCAGCAGCAGCAACAGCCUCCAUACCCCCAUGCCCCACACUCCCAGCACCCCCAGCCCCCACUCCAACAACACCCGCACCCCCAACAGCCUCAACAGCAGUACCCCCUCAUCCACAGCAGCAUCCACAGGGGCAUCCCCAACAGCCUCCGCCUCAGCACCAACAACACCAACCACGGCCCCAGCACCCGCAGCAAGCGCAGCACCCACACCCACAACAACAACACGCCCACCCAGGACAGCACCCCCAUGGGCCUCCACCACAGCAGCAGCACCCCCACCUACAACAGCACCCCCAACAGCACCCCCAACAGCAUCCACAGCAGCACCCCCACGGCCCUCCUCUGCAAGCUCCCCACCCCCAGCACCCACAUCCCCAGCAGCACCCCCACCACCCUCCACACGCUCCGCAACAGCACGGCGGGCACACCCGCCACCCGCCCCCACACCACCGAGGAGGACCAGGGCCUGCCAGAGGACCCCCCCAUGCCGGCCAUCGCCCCUCCCCCGACCAGGAUGACGAGGAGGGCAUUUGGGCGUAAUCGUGUCCAUGACAACCAAAGCUCUGACGUUCGGAGGGAUGAUUCAGUUGCUAUUGGAGGAGCACAGCCAUUCCAUGAUCCUGAAAUACAUUGACUACCUACCAACCUUUUGUUACCACCAUACAAUCCACACUUCAAUGGGGCCUUUAUUUUUAUUUUUUGAUGAGGAUGCGGAGGAGGAGGAAGAGGAGGGAUGAAGCAGGUGGGAGGGCCAGAUGAGGAGACUGAUAGUUGAGGUGACUGAAGAGCCAUCAUGUGAAGAGGGGCAGCUGCAGCUCUUUGAGAGUGACUCUGGGGAGGAGGAGUCUUCCAGCAGACACAUAGGUGUUGUGAAGUUAGACUGGGUUGGACAGACUGGGCCCCACUCAGACAGACAGAUAUCUGAGCUGUCUGGUCUCAGCUCUGUGGUUCUGCUCACACAGCCAAACUCACACAACCACUCUGGUAUAGUUGUCAAGAUGCUCAGCUCACCUGUCUGUCACCUGAUGUCCCUACAGAGCCCCACCCACUCUCAUAAGACUAGCUGCACUCUUCACCCACCUGGCUAAGAUCUAACGACUGGCUCUGCCCUGUUUACAUGAGGUGCGUUCAGUUCAAUUGAACAUUUGCUACGUUGCGGAACGGUUUGUACUGAACAAAACGUUUCCCCAAAACAUUAUUGUACGUUCUUGAACAGACUUCUAGGUACGUUUCCUCCCGUUUGGGUGGGUGUGGCUUGAAGCAAUGAGUGACGUAUUUAAAGAGCAGUGGCCAUGCUGACAGCAGUCAUUCAUUACAGCACUGUUUCUGUUCAAUGGAACGUUCCAGAACGUAAAAAUGUACUGAACCCAGUCCUGGCUUGCUCCCCCGUUCUCAGUAACCUGCAUCCUAUUGGUUCACUCUCCUGUCUCCGCCUGCUUUGCUUACCUGAGCUUUUCAGCUGAUUAGUUCCUCUGUAUCAACAGUCGUUUCUCUGAUUGGUUCACCUGACUGGCUCCACCCUGUUUACCUGAUUUGCCCCACCCUGCUGACCCCCGGCUGGCGAUGAUUGGCUCCCCUGCCUGCCAGUCUCCACCCUACUGACAGUCUACCACAGCAGCUUCACAGUGCUUUUUUUACUAUAUUGUGUUUUGUUGUUUUCUCUUUGUCAGAGAUAGCCUGCUCUCUUUCCACAUAUUUAAUGAAGUGCCGUACAGUUACAGCUUUAGUUCACAUUUACAUAUGCGUGAACAGCUAACCGACUUCAGAGGAAGUUCCUUUGCUGUGUCUCUAAAAGUGAAGUUGUGCUACUUAUUAUUGUUUUUUUUAAAUCUGUUGAGUGUGUUUCAUUUGCAGUGCUAGACCAUGGCUAUGAGUGCUCUGUGCAAAGUGAAUCAGAACAAGGAAGAGCUCUUAUCUGAACAAAACAGCCACUAGAGCUCUAAUCUGACCAAUGGGCAGCCACGGUCCUUGCCUCGACUACUGAAGGUUUCCUUGUGCCGUUAAUGUGCAGUCUCGCAUGGCCUUAUGGGCAGGGCCCUGUCCUGGGGGUGUCGCAGGGACUUUGGGCUUAGGGCUGCCAUCUGUGUAUCUCUCCUGUUACCUCAGUUGAACCAGAUGCAGUCAGAACUCCAAUCUAUGCAGACGUCAGAACUAAUAAUGCCACUUUGAAUCCAGUCAUAAGUCAAGGGCACCAAUCAAAAAGUGUUUAGAUGUAUUAAAGCAGCACGGGUACCAAUCAGAAUGGUCUAUUCAGAACAUACACCAAUCAGAUUCCGUUGUUAUAAUGUGUUUCUCAGCGUGAUAUGCACCUAUGCACCUCCUCCUCCCCUGUUGCAGGGAUACUUCUAAUGGUGCUUUUAGAUCACUGGUGCUCACACAACAUGGUGUCCAACCAGAGAAACAGCUGAGAGACAUGGCCAUUGGACAUUGUGCAUCCAUGUCAUACAAUAGGGAGUUGAUCCCAAAACCUGGUGUGCUUAUAAACUGUAGAAGACUGUGUUGUACAUAGAAUCAGCUGGAGAGACUCUGAGGAAAUGGUGCAAGGAGGCUAUAGAUUUUAUAUGUUUGAUGCCAUCCAUGGACACCCAUGAGAUCUCCUGCCAUAUCUUUACAGCUGUCUCUCCUACUUAUUGACUCCCUCCUUCCUCCUCCUCAUCUUCUUCAUCUCCCAUUUCUUCUUCUCUUUCAGCAGUCUGUGCUAACCCAAAUCCAAACCUAGUGACUCGUUUUGUCCUUCUCAACAAGGUGGCCUGUGCCUCGUUCAUAUCGUAUACAUAUUAUAUAUAUAUAUAGAGAGAGAGAGACAGAAAGAUCUAUGUAGUGUGUCUAUGUGUGGUCAGAAUAUUGUCAGUAACAAAAAAUGUUGAGGAUAAAAAUACAUGUUUUAUUUAAUUUUUCUAACUGUCCAAAGGAUAGAGAAAACCCUUAUUCAGUGUGUGGAGUGACGUAUGUGACUUUCCUCUGUUUUGUACAAGAAAAAACUCCUUAGCAGCAAGCAACAUUCCCUGUCUGUGGUUCUCACGAAGGAUAGUCUGGCCUAAGAAACCUUGAGACACAGGCCAAAGGAAAGGAGUGAGAAAAUGAUUCCAUUCUCAUUUAGAAGAGCUAAUGUUACAUUCCUGUUGCAGUGUGAGAAAUCUAUUUUGAGACUCUCUCUCACACACACACUCACACACACACACGCACGCACGCACGCACGCACGCACGCACGCACGCACGCACGCACGCACGCACGCACGCACGCACACACACACACACACACACACACACACACACACACACACACACACACACACACACACACACACACACACACACACACACACACACAGUGAGACCUUAGUCUUCUCACAGAGGGGAAGACAUUCUAUUUUUGCAGCUCACUAAAGUAGCAAAGAGACUAUUUUCUGCAGCACAGCAGAUAGAAACUUGCACUUGUGAGUGAGGACUAUCACUACACUAAAGUGGAGGUUUGGAGUGACUCCGUCGUUGCAUAUGCAUUGUCCAGCGGUCUCUGUGUUUUGUUUGUUGUUGUCUUCAUGCUGUUGUCCUGGUGUACCCAGAUGUGGUGACAUAUGUGACAGUUGAGUGUCUAGAAAACCACACUUCUAGUGAGAGAACAUCCAAGACUGUUACAUCCCCCCACUCCCACCACCACCACCACCACUACCACCUGCCCCCCUCCGUCCUCCAUGGUGUGUGUGUGUGUGUGUGUGUGUGUGUGUGUGUGUGUGUGUGUGUGUGUGUGUGUGUGUGUGUGUGUGUGUGUGUGUGUGUGUGUGUGUGUGUGUGUGUGUGUGUGUGUGUGUGUGUGUGUGUGUGUGUGUGUGUGUGUGUGUGUGUGUGUGUGUGUGUCCCUCCUUGUGGCUGAUAUCGUGACUGUUGUAGAAAAGUGCCCCAUCCUCCAUUGGGAUCCAAACAGAAGUGAUCCCUAUACGAUCGUCACCUCUGAGUCAACUUCAACACAGAAUACAGACAGGACAGUUGCCUCACAACUCCUCCUCCGAUUGACUAACAAUCGCCAGUUCGGAUUAAAUCAAAUUGAAGAAAAAAAUAAAGGCGUUGUGUGGAUGUUGUAUUUGUGUUUUCAAUGUCAGAGAUUGGUACUAUUGAUCUGUAAAAGGAAAGGCAAUCCAGAAGAGCACACGGAUGGAGGUGCGAAUAACCUCUCACUUUACCAUCAUGGGGAACGGAUUCAGAAUCCUCAAUUUUCAGGUAAUUUACAACUGAAUACUUGAAGUAGGGGGUUCUCCUACUAUGAAAAGUGAAUAUCCAGCACUUGGUAUAUAGAACAUGGUAGAAAAUGUGGAACACUUCAUUGUGCUGAUGCAUGCAGAUUUGUACGUAAUGUGCCAACUGAGUGUGAAAGGUUGGGGAGAAUCUCCUAUCCUCUAUGCAGAGUGAUAUCUUGAGGUACAAUCAAACUGUUUAGGAUUCAUCAAUGGCCGAUCAGUUAACAUACACCAGGGUUGUGUUCAUUAGGGCACGCAAUGUUUUAAAAUGUUUAGCAACGGAAAAUGAGACUGAGUGUUUCUCAUUGGACAAGUCCAAGUAAUCCUUCCCUGUAUCAGUGUAUUUUUUUCUGUUUGGUGCCUAAUGAACACAACCCAGGAGUUGAAUGCCAACAGACAUCACCAAUAGUAAUCGAAGGAGUAAAAGACCUGAUUCAGAGUAUGAGAAGCCUAAACCAGGCAGACAGAUUCACUUUCUUUGUCGUGUACAAGUUGCAUUUGAUUUAUUGUAUGAUGUUGAAAAUGAAAACCUUUGGAUGAAACAAAACACUGUGACCAACGCCAGAUUUUUCUUUUUUUACUGAACAAUUGCGUGAAUUUUUUGUAUUUAAGUUUUUCUUGAUUACAAUUUUUUUUAAUCAGUUUGGCUUAUUGAAUAUGUCAGUUUGGGACUGUACUAUUUGUAAUAGUAAAUGCUUUCUGCUGUACAGUAAAGAUUUAGGAACAAGUUAAAUGUGUGUCCAGCAUGCUGAAUGAUUACUUGUGUGAACGUGGGCUUAUUUCCCAUGAUGCUCCAGUUCUUAUACAUGAAUUGCCUCUGCAUCGUGACAGUGUGAUGUUGUGUUUGAGAGUGGUGUGUGUCUCCUCACCUUCCGUGUCCCCCUAGUAGACAACCUGUGCAGUGUUAUGAGAGAGGCGGCAUAUUUUGGGGUGUUACGCGCGUAAAUCUGUGAGAAGUGUGUGUGUGUGUGUGUGUGUGUGUGUGUGUGUGUGUGUGUGUGUGUGUGUGUGUGUGUGUGUGUGUGUGUGUGUGUGUGUGUGUGUGUGUGUGUGUGUGUGUGUGUGUGUGUGUGUGUGUGUGUGUGUGUGUGUGUGUGCGCAUGCAUACGUGUGUGUGUGUGUACUGUAGGUGUGUGUGAGCGCAUGUGUAAGAGAUAAAGAAAUAGUGAGAGAGAAUCAAAACACUCGGUUGCAGGAAACCCCCUGAGAGAAAGAGAGAGAAUGUUCUGUUCAGCAUGGAUACUGUGUUUUAAAACCUACUGUAGGAGCCUGUCUCCACUGCCCCAGACGUUUGCUAUUGUAUGUGCUGUAUCAGAAUAUUACUAUUGAGUGUUGGCCAGCUUGUUUAUAUUCAUUCAAUAAAGGUGACUUCUUUCAGACUUG